AUGAGCAAGUCGACUGACUGGUGCGACUUCUCAGUAUGGCCGUGGAGAUCAGGCCAAAUCAUACUUCAUUGUUCGGGAAGCAUUCGUACUGGAGGUCCAUUGCCUGUGAAAGGCACAAUCGAAGUUCAGAACACAGAAGGUUUCGAAAAAUGGUCGAUGUCCGGUCAGUACAAAAGUUGCUGAAGGUGGACUUUGCUUCGGGCCACAAUUUUGGUCAUUGAUAGUCGCGUAAGAUCUGAUGCGUUGUCCACGACAAACCUAAAGACAAAAGUCGCAAAAGAUGCCGAUACAGAGUACUUAUUACUGUUGAUGCUUGCUUGUAAGUCCUCAAAUUGUUGAAACAUUUUCAAUUCGCUCCCUUGGCAGUAAAUCCUCGAGAAUCUCAAAAGUUCCCGAGACUACUCAUCGAAUUUUUUUCCCUCCCUAAUGUGGAGAGACUAACUCCAGAUUUUCUUGCUUAGGCAAUCCGGCGUUAUGGGUACCACAGGCGACAACCUAAGCACCCUUGAUGCCUUUCUCCCAGUCUUCAUCUCCGAAUGUCGAAUUCAACCUCCUUGGGGGGAACGAAGAACGAUCUACACAAAAAUGGCCACAACCGGUUUUGCGACCAGUAGAAUUGAUGUUACACUUUUAGACCUUCAGGUAAUGUAGUAUUCGACAUGAAAGAUAUUCGUCUAUCUCUCUACACCAGUAAGAUGUGAGAUGUAGAAAACAAUGAUAGUAUACAAUCCGAAGUGGCAUCCAACACUACGUGUCAAUUGGAAACCUCAGGGGAAGAAGGCUGUUUCGGUUGAUCUCGGCAUGAUUUCUGACGUCGAUUAUUUCCAUGAAAACCCGGAGAUAGAAGCUCUUCUAUUGAGAAAAGGUAUCCGGCCCUUGAAUGGAGAGGAAUCCUUGCAGGUCAUCGAUCUCUCCCUCGGCGGAUCAGGCGCUGACUUCGAGGCUACUGGGGUGCAAGCAUCAAAUGUGAACGGUGCACACAUGUGA